ACCUCGCGUUACCUUCGUUUGUUCCAGUUAACUUAUAACUUAGUUAACUUAUAAUAACUGCUCUGAAUUCACCAUUAGAAAUCGCAUUUUCGAGGGAAUCUGUCAUCAGUGCACUACCUCCUAUUACGUCAAAGUUUAGUUGUUCUGCAAGUUUUGAGUAAAAGCUCAAUACAAGCUUGCAUUUGUGUAUGUUGGUAACUAUGAGUCGCGAGAAAAUUGUUGACUUCAAAACAGACUUAAAGUGAUUUUUUCCCCCUAAAAAACAGCAAACCAAACAGAAAACUACAUAGUAAAAAUGGAUUCAUCAGAGCCCAUUCCAGUAAGUUUUGCUCAAAUGGAAAAAGAUCUUAUUUCUGCCCUUGAAAGUGAUGCUCACAGUCAGCUAGAGAAUGAGGCUAAACUCAGAGCCAUAUCUCAGCGGGUUUCAUAUGAUGAAUUCAGAGACAUUGUACGUGGAGUUCAUCUAAAACCAGUACCAACUGGCUCGCUUUCUGUCAACAAACCACAAAAAGGAAGAAUAUGGAAUAACAUUGCAUUGAGCAAAAAAAGUUAUGAAACAGAGGCAUGUGAAGCUAGAAAAGUAACAGCAGCAACACCAGCAAAUAACUACAGCCUUAAUCAACUCCCAAUAUCUGCUCAAUUUCUGAAUUCCUGGCAGCAAUCAGACACAAAAUCAAGGCUUUUGAUUUUGUAUAAAAUAGGUCCUGCAGGUUUAAAUAAUAUAUUUACAAUUGACAUGCCAACUGCCCUGUUGGGAGAAAUUUUUGAAGCUCUCCUCUGUUUCAAUCCUGUAACAGAUGUGGUAGCAGUGAUUAAGUUGAUGGAAGCGCUCACUAAAAUUAAGCGUUUCAAUCUAAUUGUACAUUUUCUCAAUGCUUCUGAGAGGGCAACCUGUCAGCAGUUGAUUCAUAAGCUCUUAGCUAGUCUUGUUCAACGGGAACAAGAUUUUGCUGAAGAAGGCAUUACAGAGUGGACCAUUCAAGAAUUGGGCAAACGAUUUCUAGUUAGGUUAUAAAGGAAUUCACCCACUACUUACCUUCUUGUUCCUCCCAACUGUCAAUCUCCAAAGACCAUUUCUCUAAGAGAAAGCCAGCAGCAAAGUAUUCAUCAGAUUCUGAAAGGGGAAGAAUUAUAUUUUAAAUUUUUUAUACCUAAUUAUCCACUGAACAAAACAUUUUCAUUUGUUACAGUGUUGUUAAAACUGCCAAUUAUUCCCGUUUUUAUUGUCAUUUGUUCAGUCAUUCCUUCUAUUAGUUAUAUAAAAUUUAGUUCUUUGGAAUAUCGGUUUGUGAUGUUACGCAAUCAACUCAUUUUCUUAGCUUUUUCCAGCCUUUGUGUUUGUCUGGCAUCUUUAAAACUCAAUUAGAAAUAAAUAAUACAAAAUAUUAAA